UACAGAGCAUAAAACUUUUGUUUGGUACAGCGUGGAAUUUUUUUUUCUCAUGUUCUCACUGCGUAGAAAUUUGUGGUCGAUUUCUCGCUAGGUAGCAAAAUGUCGCUGUAGUUGGUGUGAAACUGUACCGCCGGCUAUAGAUGUGGGUUCAAAGUAAUGUUUUUUGUGCCAUUUCUCGAAUACCCAAAUGCGGAGCGUUAUGUUUAGAUAGAGAUAGCUAUGGCAAGAACAUGCGUUUUCUUGCACCAUUGUGGGACCUGGGGGAAGAUUUAGCGGGAACAGGUUAUGGUGGGUGGGUGGGUGUUCUUGAGUAUUGCAAUGGAUUAGUUCAACAAUUGUGUUGGGCUUUGCAGAGGUUACAGCCAUGGCUUACAGGCUUUUAUGGCUUGUUUUUCUAAUGGGUGUCUUUUUUCUGGGGAGGGGGGAGUCUCAGGAGGACCUAAUUUUGCUGCAGCUGAAAAGUGAGUUGGUGGAUUAUGAUGGGGUUCUGAACAACUGGAUACAAUCUGAUGAUUCUCCCUGUGAAUGGAAAGGGAUUACAUGCGACCCGGGGUCGAAAUUCGUUGUGGGUGUUGAUCUGACUAGUGGAAACCUUUCUGGGUCGUUUCCCAGUGUAGUCUGUCGGCUGCCCCAUCUCAGGAAUUUGUCUCUGGCGUACAAUAACAUUGGCGGUACGCUGUCUCCUAACCUUUCGAUGUGCAGGAGACUUGAGCAUUUGGAUUUAUCUCAGAAUCUCUUUGUUGGAGACCUGCCUGAUUUUAUAUCAGAUCUGUCCGAAUUGAAAUAUUUGGACCUGUCUUCUAACAACUUUUCGGGUUCGAUUGCCUCGGGGUUUGGCAAGCUUCCAAAGCUUGAGAUUCUGAACCUGUGCUGUAAUUUUCUGAAUGGAACUGUUCCGGCCUUCCUGACGAAUUUGAGCAACCUUGUGGAGUUGACGUUAGCAAAUAAUCCCUUUGCUCCGUGGAAUUUGACAGAGGGUAUAGGUAAACUGUCAAAGUUGCAGAAUAUAUGGGUGCCUAACAGUUGUCUAAUGGGUGAGAUUCCUGAAUCUAUAGGCAGUCUGCUACAUUUGGUAAACCUGGACCUGUCGCUGAAUCAGCUCACCGGCGCCAUUCCAGAUAGCAUUUCACAGUUGAAAAGCAUUGGGCAAAUUGAGCUUUAUGGUAACCGUUUAACAGGACCCAUUCCUCGAAAUCUGAGCGGGCUAACUGCUCUCAGAAGAUUCGAUGCUUCCAUGAAUAUGCUUGAAGGGACUAUUCCUGAGAGCUUGGCUGCCUUACCGCUGGCGUCUCUGAAUCUUUUUGAGAAUCGUUUAGAAGGCAUCAUUCCAGGGGCCAUUGCUGAUUCCCCAAAUCUGUACGAGUUGAAACUGUUCUCAAAUAAGUUUUCAGGAAACCUUCCCAAAAAAUUAGGGGAGAACUCUCCGCUUGAAAUACUGGAUAUUGUGAAUAACAAUCUGAAUGGCCCAUUACCCUCAGGUCUUUGCAAGCAAGGUAAGCUAUCAGCUCUCAAUCUUUUCAACAACCGGUUCACAGGCCAACUUCCUGAGAAGUAUGGUGAUUGUCUGAGCCUCACUAGGGUGCGAAUGCAGAACAAUCAACUUACUGGAGAAAUACCUAGUUCGAUUUGGGGGCUUCCUCAUGUUUCUCUUCUUGACCUUAGCAACAAUCAGUUCAACGGCACGAUUUCUUCUGAAAUUGGAAAUGCUGGAAAUCUCUCCGUGCUGAACAUAUCUGGAAACCAGUUUUCAGGACCUCUUCCUUCUCAACUAGGAAAGGCGACUAAUCUUUCUGUAAUAGAUGGCAGUUACAAUCAGUUUACAGGAUCUCUGCCCCCCAGCUUAGGUUCACUUUUUCAGCUGGCCAAGUUCGACCUUCAGGGGAACCAGAUAUCAGGUGGUUUGAUUACUAAUAUACAGUCAUGGAGUCAACUGACCGAGCUGAACCUAUCCAAAAACAGGAUUUUAGGUCCUAUUCCUCCAGAGUUAGGGCAGCUGCCAGUUCUUACUUAUCUGGAUCUCUCUGUCAAUACCUUGGAAGGUGCAAUUCCUGUCGAGUUGGGUAAUUUGAAACUUAAUAUCUUCAAUGUUUCAGAUAAUCAGUUGACGGGAAUGGUUCCUGCUGCUUUCCGCAAUAGUUUUUACGAAUCAGGUUUGUUGGGAAAUGCUGGGUUGUGUGGUGAUGGUUUUAAAUCAAUAAAAUCUUGUUCUGGAAAGGAGUACAACAGAAAAGGGAACAGCCGGAGUACAUGGUUGCUCAUUGUAAUUUUUGCUUUAGCAGUCUUCAUUUUGUUGCUAGGGCUCGCCUGGUUUUAUAGAAAAUACCGCCUGUACAGUGGGACUAGAGAUGUGGAAAUGUUGGAGGACAAUAAAUCUGCCUGGAUGCUUACUUCCUUUCACAAAUUGGGUUUCAGGGGAUAUGAAAUUUUGGAUUGCAUAGACGAGGGAAAUGUGAUUGGAAGCGGUGGAUCAGGAAAGGUGUACAAAGCAACCCUUGGUAGCGGGGAUAUGGUGGCAAUCAAGAGGCUCUGGAGUGUUUCGGAUGCUAGCAAUGAUAAUGGAUUCAAGGCAGAAGUUGAGACUUUGGGACAAAUCAGGCACAAAAACAUUGUUAAACUAUGGUGCUGCUUUGCUAAUAGAGAUUCUAAUCUUUUGGUGUACGAGUACAUGCCUAAUGGUAGUUUGGGGGAUAUCCUUCGUGGUCCCAAAGCAGGUCUCCUUGAUUGGCCUACACGGUACAAAAUUGCAGUUGGAGCAGCUCAAGGUUUGGCAUAUUUGCAUCAUGAUUGCGUGCCUCCUAUCAUUCACCGUGAUGUGAAAUCUAAUAAUAUAUUGCUGGAUUCUGAUUUCAAUGCGCGGGUGGCUGAUUUUGGGCUUGCCAAGAUCAUUCAAAACCAUGAGAAGGGAAUGGGUUUAAUGUCUGCAAUUGCUGGCUCGUAUGGUUACAUAGCUCCAGAGUAUGCCUACACCCUGAAAGUGAAUGAGAAGAGCGAUAUCUAUAGUUUUGGUGUGGUGCUUUUGGAGCUGGUGACAGGCAAACAGCCAGUCGAUCCCAAAUAUGAGGAAAACAAAGACCUUGUGAAAUGUGUGCGCAGCAAAGUUGAGCAGCACAAUGGUUGGCAAGAUGUAUUGGAUCCUAGGAUUUCAGAUGGCUUCAUGGAGGAAAUGAUUCUGGUUCUCAAAGUAGCUCUCCUCUGCACCAGUGCUUUGCCCAUCAAUCGACCCUCAAUGAGGAAAGUCUUGGAGAUGCUGCCCGAGUAUGAGCAACAAUACAAGCAUAUGGAUUUCAGCAAGGAUGCCAAGCUUAUCUCCUUAUAAUGACGAAAAAAGAUCACACUUUGUCAGAUUGAAUUUUACUCUUUUGUGCUUUAAAAUGGACUUAUUUUGCUUGGUGUUCUGCACUGCACUAUUAAAAGUGGGUACCUUGCUAAACACCCACAUUUGGUCAUGUAGUUCAGAUUCUAUAUCCAUCAUUAACAAGUAUUGUCUAUAAUAUAUAUAGAUACAUGGUUGUCAAAGACCCCAGUCUGGUCCUUUAAUAUGGGGAGGAUCUAUAUCUACGAGUAAGAGCUAUUUUGUUCCUUGUAUAUAUACAGACCUUGCCCAAAAACCUGGCUUGGUCUUUUUGUUCAUGAUUUAUAUCUAGAAGUAAGAAGCACUUGUUCCUUGCAAAUAUACUCCUUGCCAAAGGCCCUGGUUUGGUAUGUUGUUCUGGUAUGUAUAUCAUUGGAUUAUUCAUUCCUUGCCAAAAACUCUUGGUGUUUUUGUCCUGAUAUAUAUCCACGAACAGGAUGCAUUUUCAUCUUAAGAAUAUAUACACACCUUUGUGGUGCAAACCAACUUGCUGCUCAUUUACUGUUUUGUAGAUAAAAGUGUGCCUUGGGCAAAUAGAGUUAGAGAAAGUUGCAGCAGGUCAGUAGUUCUUCAUGCUUAUGGAUAGAGUUGUAAAUUGUAAUACUGUUGAAAAUAGCAAAUAAGAAAUUAUUUAAGCUCUGUACUUGA